AGCAAACACGCAUUGGAGACCAUACCUCGGAGUUUCAUUCUUCUUUGUCAGCUCUUAGACGUCCUUCACGCAUAACCAUGGCAGACGCUCUUGUCACAGUAUCAACACCCUCGGAUGGCGUCAGAGUCCUGGCCUUCAACCGGCCAACCAAGCGCAAUGCUCUCUCGCAGGACCUCAUCGACCAACUGCUCCAAGGCCUCACCACGGCUGCCAAUGACAGUUUGGUCAGGGUGAUAGUCGUUACUGGCAGCAGCACAUUCUUCUCAGCGGGGGCGGACAUUAAGGAGAUCUCUCAGCUCGACGCUGAAAUGGCACGGCAGCGUCGCUAUCUUGAAGACCUUUGCACAUGUAUUGCUGGGAUCCGCAAACCCAUCCUCGCCGCGGUUGAGGGCAUGGCUCUUGGAGGUGGCUUCGAGGUCACAUUGAUGUGUGACAUCAUCUUUGCCUCCAACACUGCUCGCUUUGGGCUGCCUGAAGUCAGUAUCGGGCUUUUGCCCGGCGCCGGUGGCACGCAGAGACUGACAAAUGCCGUUGGCAAGUUCAAGGCAAUGCAAGUCAUCCUACUGGGCAAGCAGAUCGAGGCCCCCGAGGCCCAUGCUGCUGGCCUCGUGGCUGACAUAUACGAACCUGGGACUGUCCUGGAGGAGACUCUCACAGUGGCAGCGCAGUUGGCAGGGAAGAGUUCCACGGCCGUCGCCUUGUCGAAGGAGGCUAUCAAGAGAGCUGAUGAUCUCGGCCGUGAUGAUGAGUUUGAGAGAAGUCUGUACUACUUCGCCUUUGGCACGGCGGACAAGCGAGAGGGUGUGGCAGCGUUCCUCGAGAAGAGGACGCCGACCUGGAAGACGGGCUAGUAGUACCUAAUAGUGCCAACACGUCGCCACCCUUAUGCGGUAUUGUCCGCCUCCAGUUCCUUCUUCUGCUCCUCGAGUUCCUCAAUCUCGUCCUCGCAAUCUCUGAUGGCGCGGUCAAUGUCGGCCAGCUGGCGCUCGGCUUGGUCGAUGGACUCUUUCAGAUUCAGCGUCUCCUCGUUUCGCUUCUCCUGGUCCUCGGAGCUGCCGCCGCUCACAAUCGGCUCCAGCUGGCCGUCCAAGUCGAUGGCAAGCUCCAGUCGGCUCUGGACCCUAUCCCGCAUCUUCUCCAGGUCUUGCCGGUGCAGCUUCCGAAGUUCGAUCGCAUCCUCGAGCAUGGCUAUGGUACUCGUCAUGAUGACUGAAGCUCGCGAUGGCGCUGUUCUGUAUGUGAUAAAGUCUGUUGCCGUCAGCUAUGGCCAUGUAUUCCGCGCUGAGUCCUUACCUGUAGCCGUAGCACGUUGG